GAGAGGCGGGCGACGGGGAAAAGGAGUUGCUCCUCGCACACGCUCGGUUGCGCGGCGUGUACGUGGGUGCCGUGAGCGUUCCCCCAGGGGGGGAGGCGGAGGGGUGGGGGGCAGUGGGAGUGGGAAGGAAGGAAGGAAGGAAGGAAGAGCGAGUGCGCGCGCCAACAACAAGUGGCUCCCCCGCCACGCGCAACCAACGCUGCCGCAGCAUGUGCGCGCACCCGCACGCACCCCGGACUUUUAGUGUGCGGGUGUAUUUUUGUGACUCGAAAUCGACUUCAAUGAAUGCCGCUGAGCGAGGCAAGAUUUUGCCUCCCCUUUGCUCCAUGGACUCGCUGCUGAUGCUGCGCUCCCCCGGUGGCCGUCUCGGCGAGUCUGGUUCCCGUCGCUAGAUUUCCACCCUAACUUCCCCCCCGCACCCCCCUCCUGGAAUCGCCGGGUAGAGAGGGUCGCAGCCAUGCCGAUGCAUCCGAUCACCUCCACGCUCAUGUACCGGGGGAUGUGCACCAUCCCGGACAUCCUCUCCUACAGCGCCCCGGUCAACCUGCCUGAAGACGAGGUGGAAGAAAUCCGUGAGGCGUUCAAGGUGUUCGACCGCGACGGCAACGGCUUCAUCUCCAAGCAGGAGCUGGGCAUGGCCAUGCGCUCCCUCGGCUACAUGCCCAACGAGGUGGAGCUGGAGGUCAUCAUUCAGCGCCUCGACAUGGAUGGCGACGGCCAGGUGGACUUUGAGGAGUUUGUCACGCUUCUCGGCCCCAAGUUGACGGCGGCCGCCGUACCCGACAAGUUCAACGGAACCGACUUUGACUCGGUUUUCUGGAAGUGUGACAUGCAAAAACUGACCGUGGAGGAACUGAAGCGUCUGCUGUAUGACACUUUCUGCGACCACCUGUCCAUGAAGGACAUCGAGAACAUCAUCAUGACCGAGGAGAACCAUAUCGAGAACCCCGAAGACUGCCAGGUGGAUAUCGACAGUUCCAGCCCGACGCAGCAGGUCAAGCAGACGUGCGUGCGCAAGAGCCUGAUCUGCGCCUUCGCCAUCGCCUUCAUCAUCAGCGUCAUGCUAAUCGCCGCCAAUCAGGUGCUGCGCAGCGGCAUGAAAUAGUCGACAAACUGCAAGACUCAACGGACAACGCCGACGUUUCUCUAAGGAGCUGGUGUGAAAACUGAACAACAUAUCGCUCCAACUCGUUGUCAUUGUGCGAGUCGUGACGUGUGUGUGUGUGUGUGUGUGUGUGAGAGUGUAAUACAAUACAGUGAACCCCCGUUAAUUGCAGGGAUUUGUUCCCAACCCACGCAAAAAGCUGAACAUCCACAAUAUAAAAAGUAUGUUUGGAAAAAAAAGACAAAAAAAAAACGCAUUUCAAUUUUAGCUUAAUGCUAAUAUUUUAGAGGAAAUGCUAUAGAGAGGCUAACGUAAUUAGCAUUGAUGACAUGGUAAUUGAGAUUUGUCCGCUUUUAAACAGGGGAGAACAACCAAUAAAUAACAAUCUGUGGGAACAACCAAUAAAAUAAGUUAAUUACGCUGCAUCUGUUCUCAGUGCUGCCUUGGGGUGUUGUGGCACGUUAGGGUACUACACUUCUGGGUAGCCAACUCCAAAUUGGGACUUGACUGCAACAAAAUUCCGCAAUCUAACGAGGGUUUACUGAACUGCUGAGCCUCCCGAGACUGCGGGGGGGCGCCGUUGGUGGACAAAUAGAGAGCAACACACUGGGAUAACCUCAUCUAUGCAUGAUAUGCAUGGACUUCAGCGACUGUGUUUUUGUACAUCUGUGUUUACGUCAUGAUUACACCAACUGUGUAUUAAUGCUAAACUGUGAGCCAGUGUGCUAGUGUGUGUGUGUGUGUGUGUGUGUGUGUUUGAAAAGGAAGGGCUGCUUUACUUUGGACUUGUCACAAAUUGGGGAAGGUCACGGAAAUGUGUGUGUGUGUGUGUGUUUGUGUGUGUGUGAAUGCAUUGUGAUGAAGCAAUAAACAAAGAUGGCGUGCACAGCAUUCCAACCACUCAUUUCAAAAAGCAUUUCUUUUUUUAAAGAAAAAGUACACAUCAUCUAAAGGAACAUUUUGGCAAUACAAUAGGGUCGGCAAGCCCAAAAAUGUGGCAAUAAAUCACAAACAUGUCUUUGAAAUGGACCCGAUUCAAAUUGGCUAACACGAGCUAACAUGCGCUAUCAACUAAUACUCCUGAACAAACACAACACAUGCCACCAAGCUGACAUAUGCUUAUACAUUGCUAACACGUACGAACAAAUGAUAAAAUGACAAAUGUGCUAAUGAUCACAUUCAGAACGCCACCAUGCUAACAUAUGCUAACACAUGUUAACAUGGGCUAACAUGAGGGCUAAAUGUUCUAGCAUGUGCUACCAUGCACCAAGAUGUAACGUAUGCUAAUAUUACCUUACAUAUACAACAUGCUAUCAUUCAUGACAACGAAAACAUGCUAGGAUGCAAAAAUUUUCACCAAAAAAAUCUAAAAUAUGUGACAAUGUCAAGGCAUUGUCAAGACAUUGUCACACGUAUUAAAAUGUAGUAAUGCGCGACGACUUGAUAACAUGUGUUAACACAUAACAAGUGCCAUCUUCUGCUAAUAUUCCCAAACACGCAAAACACAGGCCACCUAGCUAUCAUUUGCGAACACACGCUAACAUGUGCUAGCAAAUUGCUAGCAAAUUUACACAAACAUGCGCCUAAGUGAGCUCACAUGCGCUAAUAUGGCUGCGCAAAGUGAACAUUUGUGCUAACUAUUGAGAACAUGAGCUAACACUCUAACAAAUGCGAACAAGUCCUAAAAUGCACUAACAUGAGCUAACACAUUCUAACCUGCUAAUGUGCUCGAUAACAAACUUCAAACUUUGGGCAAGUUGUAAAUAAGUAAUGGUCAAGAAUCUCCUAGGUGGAGGUAAUGUCACGAGCUCCAACACACGGUUCCAUUUUGCACUUUACAAGUCGCUGCAGCGCACAACUAAAACAAGUGACCACCAUGAUUGUCCCGCCCAUACUAUGUGAUAAAUUAGUAAUAAAUAGAUUAUUUAUUGCCUUAUUAUUUUCUUGAUACUUGUUGAAAUACAAAAACAAAACAAAAAAAAAAACAAACGUGUUGACGGCGUGUUUUCAUGUUUCCAAGUGGAUGUGACUUUUGCUGUCUUAUUGGCCGUCUGUUGGCGUUUGACUCUGUGUCUGUGGAAUGUGGUGGGGAUUUUUUUUUCCUCCCCAAAAAGAAAACCAAAUAAAACAUGAAACAUCAUGUCACAAAA